AUGAUUCUCGAAUCGACACUCGGCCCCGCAAGAAAUCUUCAGCCACCACUCGACCCAUCCGCCGCGACUACCAUUGAAAAGUACGACGACGUCUGGGAUAUCCUGCACCCGCAGGAGAAGCAGCACCAAGAAAAGCCGCAGUUGGAGCAACAGAAGCAGCAGAAGCAGCCGCAGCAGCAGCACGCCCUCAAGGAUGGCGCCGAGAUCAUGUUCCCGCCGGGCAUGGGCGCAGGCAACCAAGAGCCGACGAAGGACGAGUUGACAAAGAUCUUCGGGGGGCUGUACUGCGCUGAAUGGUACAAUUGCCUCUUCGUGACGAAGGACGGAUGCGCCGCCGUCGUCGGGCAACUCCAUCCGGACAAGCUCUUCCUCGCCUACGGUACCUGCCUCAAGAACAAUGGCCCCGAUGACCUGAAGGCCGCCUGCCCCGCCCUUGCCAACGAGGCGACGAAGGACUGCGGCAAAAAGGCCGACAAGAUCAAAAUGGCCGGCCUGAAGGAGAAGCUCGGCAAGCUGUGCACCUACUACGACAACAAGUCGAUGUUCAUGAUCAUCGGCGGUGUCCUGCUGGCCGUCGGGCUGCUGCCGAUCGUGGGCGGCGUCGUGUUCUGCAUGAAGGGCGGCGGCAAGAAGAAGGAGAAGAGCGUCUCCAACUCGGAUCCGGAGUG